AUGGCCUACGGCCAUAUCCUGGCCUCGUGCAGCGCCAAGAAAUGUCGUUUUUGUGGGUCGGAAGAGCACGAGGCCAAGGAGUGUGACGAGCCCAAGGCUUGCCACGGAGAGGAAGACACGUUCAGAGUGAAAGAGGAGGGUGCAUUUUUUGGAGUGAAAGAGGAGGAGGGGGAGAUUACUGUCACAUUGGAGGAAGAAGAGGAGGUUGGAGAUCUGUUUAACACCAGAGAGAGACGGGACUAUCGUGGAUCCUCUGGGAAGCCUCAACAACCUUAUGAUGCUGAAGAGGCAGAGAAGAGUCUCUCCAGAUCAGAACACCUCCAUAAACACCUGCAUAGAUCCACAGGGAGGAGAACUCAUUGCUGCUCUGACUGUGGGAAGAGAUUCACGUCAUCAGGCAUUAAAAUGCACCAGAGAACACACAAAGGAGAGAAAUCGUAUAGCUGUGUUCAAUGUGGGAAAAGUUUUGGUGGAUCUGGCUCUCUGACUGUACACCAGAGAACACACACAGGAGAGAAAUCGUAUAGCUGUGUUCAAUGUGGGAAGAGUUUUGGUGGAUCUGGCUCUCUGACAGUGCACCAGAGAACACACACAGGAGAGAACCCUUUCAGCUGUGGUCUUUGUGGGAAGAGAUGCACUACAUCUGGCCAUCUAACUAUACACCAGAGAACACACACAGGAGAGAAACCUUAUAGCUGUGGUCAAUGUGGUAAGAGUUUUGGUCAAUCUGGAGAGCUCACAGUGCACCAGAGAACACACACAGGAGAGAAACCUUAUAUCUGUGUUCAAUGUGGGAAGAAUUUUGGUCGAUCUGGCUCUCUGACAGUGCAUCAGAGAACACACACAGGAGAGAAACCUUACUGCUGUGAUCAAUGUGGGAAGAGAUGUACUACAUCUGGCAAUCUAACUCUACACCAGAGAGCACAUACAGGAGAGAAACCUUAUACCUGUGGUCAAUGUGGGAAGACUUUUGCUGCAUCUAGCACUCUGACUCAACACCAGAGAACACACACAGGAGAGAAGCCUUACAGCUGUGUUCAAUGUGGGAAGAGUUUUGCUGCAUCUAGCACUCUGACUCUACACCAGAGAACACACACAGGAGAGAAAUCUUACAGCUGUGUUCAAUGUGGGAAGAGUUUUAGUCAAUCUUGCCAUCUGACUCUACACCAGAGAACACACACUGGAGAGAAACCGUAUAGCUGUAAUCAAUGUGGGAAGAGCUUUACUCAGCUAAACAGCCUGAUAUUGCACCAGAGAACACACACAGGAGAGAAACCUUACAGUUGUGUUCAAUGUGGGAAGAGUUUUCGUCAAUCUUGCCAUCUGACUCUACACCAGAGAACACACACAGGAGAGAACUCAUCAGAAAAUACAUGAAGGAGUUGUUUCAUGAUUUCAAUGAAAUAAUUUCACAAUGUAGAAUGUUUUUAACAUUGUAUUUGGAGUAUUUUAAGGUAUUUCACAAUGUAGAAUCCUAAACGUUUGCCCCCUGUUCUAUUGAUUUCACCAUGAUAUGGAUAUUAGCCUUGGGAAAAUCCAGGCUCUGAAUUGAAAGAGUACAAUUUAUGUGAUUUAACAAAAAGUGACUAACACAAAAAGAGCUGUGUUACACUUCCUGUGUUGGUGACCCACUUGAAUCAAAAUGCAACACUUCAAAAUGUAGCUAGCUGUUUUCUACAAGUUGUCCUCUAACCAGUGAUGUACACAUUAUUCUCUGAUUCCGUGUGGUUUUUGAGCUGUUAGUUUUGACAGGACGUGCAACCUCAUCUCCCUCUCGGCACAAUUGAUUUCAACAUGAUAUCGUUGAGUGAUGACAAAUAAGUGUUGCGUUCCUUUGUUUAACGACCCCUACAUUUAAAUGCAUCACUCCAAAAUGUAGUUGACUGUCUUCUGCAGGUUGUCCUCUAAUCAGUGAGGUAAAAGAUAUCUCCCAUUUCAAUGUGUUCUUUUAGUUGUGUUAGUUUCAACAGCACGUACAACCUGAUUUCCCCCCUAAUCGAUAUCAGUGAUUUAUUGCUACUUGUCAAAACAAGUGUUUCUGAUGCUUGUGCAGUUCAUAAGGAGCUUGUUUAAAAAAGUAAUGUGAUUAUUGUUGCAGAUGUUUGUGUACAUAGCACAUUUUAUGUUUAGGUUUUCAAUAUAUCACAAACUGCAUAUUGGUUAUUGAUUUGAACACGUUAAAACUGUGUUUUUACUUUGGGGCUAUCCCACCUAGCAAAAUGUAAUUGAAAAGAAGACUAUGCCUGACGUCCAAUAUUUGUUCGGUUGUAGUUGAAAAUAUGUAUUUUCGGGUCAUUUUUUAAAUUACUUUCAACGUACUUUCAGUAGCCGAGUGGUUAGAGCGUUUGGCAGUAACCGAAAGGUUGCUGGAUCGAAUCCCGAGCUGAUAAGGUAAAAAUAUGUUGUUCUCCCCCCAGUUAACCCACUGUUCCUAGGCCGUCACUGUCGAUAAGAAGUUGUUCUUAACUGACUUGCCUAGUUAAAUAAAAAGUGGACUAGAGUUCUAUUAGCUAGUGAGUUUUUGGGUUCUAUAAAAAAAAUGAAAAAAAUAAUACUAUUGUAUAUUAUUAUUUCGAUUAUUAUUUUUUUUGCUGUCUUCAAUUGUUGCCAGCCAGCAGACACCAUGUUUAUAUUGUAGAAGGUGAAGCAUUGUAGUUGAUUGUAAUGUGAAAUGAAAGUUGUUUUCUGUUGGUGGUGACCAAACUCGUCCAUCAAAAAUAUAGGAUAUAUUUGUUGUCUUUAAAGGGGAAUGUUUUACAGGCUUUGGUUUUUCCAUUUAUGUUGUGAGGUUGAACUUUAGCUCAUUAGCACGUAGGACACACUGAUUGGUGUCACCUCGUUAGUCAGUAUGUGUUUCACCUGAGCUGGUCCAGGUUCUAUUUAAGAGUGUCUGGCCCAGUGCUCCAGUUGUCUUGAUAGAUGUGGAGAGUAAACACCUUUAGUCAAUCCACCUUUUUGGUUUGCUUCCUGUUUAUAAGUUUGGUGUGGGUUUUUCUUUUGUUUCCCUCUUCUUGGGCAGAUUUAGUGGGUCUCAUGGUGGGUGUCUUUUAGGUCCCCGUUGUUGUUACUAGUCAACUUUUAGUGGACAUUGAGAGCAAAAUUGCAAGAUUAUGUUAUAAUAUUUUUAUUGCAUCAAAUGGUUGUUUUAUGCAACAGAAUAGAGAGUUCUUAGAACUAUAGUGUCUGUGUGUUCUACUGAGGAUGGGCCCCUGGGUGAAAACACUGACAGGAGAUUUACAAUGUAUUUUAGGUGAUAAAACCUAAAGAGACCGCAUUCCAGAGCAUGAGUUUCUGUUCUAUAUGGUACCAGGGAGCGAUGACCCCAGGGCCAGACCCUGGUCUCUACACAAAGAGGACUGUUUUUACAGCAGAUGCUGUCUGCUGUGAAUUAUAAGUAUAUUUCAUACAAGUCUUAACCUUGUGACCCGUUCUAUACAUCUAUUGUUUGUCAUGUAGAUUGAAAGGUGUGUAUCUUGGCUGUAAAAUACUUUUGUCUCGUGGCUCUCAACAAAUCAUCUGGGGGUGAUUCGUCGACCAGCCAUCAUUAUCGUAGAGCACUCAAUUGAUUCACUUUAUAUGUGUGCGUUGUAUUGCCCUGCUCCCAUAUUAAGUAUAUAAAGAUUUAGUUUAAGAAUAA